AAUGAUGAUGCUUAUUAUUACAGUAAGAACUUGGGGACGUUGUGGGAUGAUUUGGGAAAAGUAAUUGAAGGAACUGAUGAAAUAGAGAUUGGGGAAGUGGAUUGCGGUGAUCAUCAAAGGAGCUUUGUGGCAUAUGCUUAUAAUGUAGUGUCGCAUUUAAUUGAGUAUCAACACUGUCAAGACACAAGUUCAAGGAAUGUUGAUUCAUUGAAGAACUUUGUUUUGGAAGAAGCUGAUAAGGCAGCAACAAAUGCACAAGCACAACAACUAGAUAGUGAUAGAGAACUAUAACUACUUU